GCGGAGAGCGAGGGACGUGCGUCUGGCUGCCCCCGCCAAGCUGCCGGUUUCGGAGAAGACGCCGUCUGGCAGCACGGAGCCCUGAGUUCUGUACCUAACAGAGCUCAGAGAGUUCAAGAAAGGAAAUAUUCUGGAUGGAUGGCUGCUGGAAAUCCAUUGCCAUAGCCCGCUCUUCUUCAGUACUUAAGGAUUUACCCUGGCAUUGAGUAAUGAGAAUUUCGAAACCACAUUUGAGAAGUACUUCCAUCCAGUGCUACCUGUGUUUACUUUUGAACAGUCAUUUUCUAACUGAGGCUGGCAUUCAUGUCUUCAUUUUGGGCAGUAUCAGUGCAGGUCUUCCUAAAACAGAGGCAACCUGGCAGUUUGUAAUAAGUGAUUUGGAAAAAAUUGACAAUAUUAUUCAAUCUAUACAUAUUGAUACCACUUUAUAUACUGAAAGCGAUGCUCAUCCCAGUUGCAAAGUAACAGCGAUGAAGUGCUUUCUCCUGGAGUUACGUGUUAUUUUGCUUGAGUCCAAACAUCAUCUCCUUAAUGAAACAGUAGAGAACCUUAUCAUCCUAGCAAAUGAUGGUUUAUCUUCCAGUGGGAAUGUAACUGAAACGGGAUGCAAAGAAUGUGAGGAACUGGAGGAGAAAAAUAUUAAAGAAUUUUUUCGGAGUUUUGUACAUAUUGUACAAAUGUUCAUCAACUCUUCUUGAUUGUAAUUGAUCCUCUUCAGCAUUUCUGCUAUUAACAAACAUCUUCCCAUGGCUUAAAGGCAAUGAAACUCUCUGCAGUUCACAUGGGCUGCCCAAACCAAUUUUUCUAACAAGAGGAUGAUCCGGAAUUUUGGAUCGGAUGAACUCUUGGAAAUGAAGGCAGAAAAAUGGCAUUGAGUAACAUGGUGUCUAUGAACUGUCCUCAUAAUUAUUUUGUUCACUUAUUCUUAAUUUAUUAUUGAAGUUGUACAUAUUUGUAGCAUAAUAUAAAAUAUUGAAUAAAAUUGUGUACCUACUUUAUCCUUUGAAAUUGCACUGAUACUUACCCCUUUAAGGAAAUAGGGGACAUUCCUUCAAGGGCAGGAGUCAAAUUACACAGCUGGCGGGGCUGAGCACCACUGGGCAGGUCAACUGUGUGCUCCAGCCAGUCAGGAACUGCUAACCACCAGCCUUCACUCACUUCUCCAGUGGGUGUCCCACAAGGAGGAAGAAUUGACUCCCAAUGAGAAAGGAGAAAUAGGUGUGAAACGGGUGCUUUACUCUGUAGCAUAGUUAUUGAUAUCAAAAGCAUCUGUUACCAAAGACAGUGCAUGAACCUGGCAUGUACUACGCAUCAGUGAGUCUUAGGUGGGAGUGACAAUAAUAAACCUUCACUGAUAGGUAGAAUCGUGUAUGGAGAACUCGUGAUUGUAAUGAUGUUAAUAUUUCCAUGCUUUCCCGAGUGCAGGUGUUCACAUUUUUUUUUGCUACUUUUGUAUAAUAAAAAAAACUGCUGAUUUGUUAGAGCCAACAUUAUCUGAUAAAAAGUAAUUGUUUAUAUAUUUUUGCACUAUACUGUCUGAAAUUUCCAAGCUCUUUUUUAAUAAAAGUCUGACUAAGGUGAAA